UUGAAGUGCUACUUCUAGCGCUCACAAAACCACAAGAAACUGUUCCUUCUUCUGGUUCUUCAAAUUCUUGUGUUUUUUAAGCCAAAGAAACGGAAGGAAAAUCUUCUUGUAAACAUUCGAACUCCGAAUUUCUGACAUCUUAACCUUUUCCCUCUUCGCGUGCCGCAGAGGAGGAGGAAAGGGGAAAAUGGGAGUCGGAACUAGUAACUUUGUAAUCAGAUGGAUCAACUUUUUCACCAUGCUUUUGGCUGUUGCAGUAAUAAUAUGAAUAUGGAUGAGCAAUCAUCAUGAUGGCUGUAGGAAGUCUCUCACUCUGCCUGUGAUAAGCCUUGGAGCAUUUAUCUUCAUAAUAUCCGUAAUCGGUUUCUUGGGUGCCCUAAAAAACAUCUCUAUAGUGUUAUGGGUUUAUCUGAUCAUCCUAUGCUUCAUCUUAAUAGCUAUUCUGGUCUUCACUGUACUGGCGUUUAUUGUGACUAAUAAUGGAUCAGGUCAUAACGUGGCUGGCUUGAGGUACAAGGAGUAUCAACUGGAAGAUUACAGCUCAUGGUUCCUCAAACAAUUGAACAAUUCUCGUAACUGGGCUCACCUGAGGAGUUGUCUUGUCAAAUCUGAAGACUGCAAUAAGCUAUCAAAAAAAUACAAGACUCUUAAACAAUAUAAAUUGGCUAAAUUGACCUCCAUUGAGGCUGGCUGUUGUAGACCACCUUCUGAAUGUGGAUAUCCUGCUGUAAAUGCAUCAUACUAUGACUUGACCUUUCAUCCAGUUAGCGCUAGCUAUGACUGCAGACGGUACAAAAACUCUCGGGUAGUCAAAUGUUAUGAUUGUGAUUCUUGCAAGGCUGGGGUUGCACAAUACAUGAAAACUGAGUGGAGGAUCGUUGCAAUAUUUAAUGUUGUUUUAUUUGUUGUGUUGGCUAUUAUAUACUUUGUUGGAUGCUGUGCGAGACGAAAUGCUGCCAGGAGCCAUUCUAAGGCUUGAAGGGAGAAUAUAUGUGCUGCUUCUACAAAUUUCUUUUGAUUAAUGCCAAUUGAAGAUAUCAAUGUCUGCGGCAUUUGGUUUGUACUUGUUUAGUGACUUUUUUUUCCCAAAAAAAAAAAUAAAAAUAAAAUUUGGUAAAAAAUUGUGAAUUUCUGUACCCAUGAGACUUGACUUUUGUUAUGUCAUCACAUUUUUAUUCUUUGAAGUGUAUAGCAAAUUCAAAUUUAGGAAACUUACUGUGCAUGGACAAGUUUAAUCAUGCAAAGUGUGGCUUAUUAUUCCUUUUGGAGGAUUUGUCAGAAUACAAUCAAGAUUAUCUCAA